CCCCCAAAAUAUCGAGCCACAUCGACUCCGGGAAGUCGAUCGACUGUGGCUCACGCCUCAGAUCCACCCUCCUCAUCUCCAAAUAGCCAAAGAACACAGGAUCGUCGUCUAGUCAAAGGUCAAUCCGCGUUAAAUUUGAAUCUUCCCACACCUACCCUACCGAUUGCUUUGCAACAAAUCGAUUCCGACGAUUGGGAGGCCAAGGUGUCCGGUUUGGAAGCGUUAGCGCAACUCGCGCUGGAAAAACCGAAUACUUAUCUGAGUGGACAGGGUCAAGGUGGAUCCGCAUCUGCCGGUGUCACCCGUCAGUCAUCCGCUCAAAUGCUGAGCUCCUCAGAUGCCCUAAGUCAAGCAGUACAGGCGGUGAUAGCCGAAUGCCGAAACCUGCGCUCUCAGGUUUCUCGUCAAGCUGUUCAAACAUUGAGCAGCCUGUUUCAAGGUUUGGGACGAGCAAUGGAUCCCCAUGUGGAGGUAUGCGUCCGAGUACUGUUGGGUAAGACCGGAGAAGCAGCUGCAGCAUUUCUUCGUGACGAAGUGGCCGUCGCUAUGGAUGCUUUAACACAAUCUGCCAAUCCUUCACGCGCUCUCACCGCUCUGAUGCAGCAUGGAUUAGGCUGGGAUAUGGGAUCUACGAGUACAGUUUACGUGAAGACUGUCGAGGUUGUCGAGUACCCUCAUCCUCUUAACCCUGCUCUGGUGUACUGGGGUUGCCGAAUCAGUCACGCUGAGGUUCAUUGCUAA